ACAAGAAAACAGAAUGAGUCAUUGAUUAUUCUGAAAUCUGAAGUGGUGGUGAAAAACCAUAUGUCAUUUUCCUUAGAACGACAACCCAAAGUACCACAAAACUCUCUCUCUCUCUCUCUCUCUCUCUCCGACACUCAGAAUCUCAGGUUACUAACCUCAGAGUUCUUGCUAUUUCCUUUUUUCUAGUUGAAGAAAGAAUGUCAAGUGGAGCAACACACUGGUGUUAUGAAUGCAGUCGGCCAAUUGUGCUUGAAGGGAGAGACGCCGUUUGCCCUUACUGUGACGAUGGAUUUGUACAAGAACUUGAUGAGAUGAGAGGCAUUGCACCUCAAAAUACCCUUCCGUCACGCUCGGCAGAGCUUCAUCAAAUGCCUGAUUUAUUUGAUGCUCUACAUGCUUUUGUGGGGAACAGAGGUUCCGAAAACAGGUUUGGGCUUAUGGACGCUGUUGAUAAUUUCAUGAGGCAUAGAAUGGCUGGAAUGCACCCAAACUUUGAUGUUAGAGGGAGGACCAGUUCUUCUGUCCCGGUUCCUGAACAGAGUUGGGGUGUUUAUAGUUCUGGUCCUUUUUUAGUAUUUCAUGGCCAAGUUCCUGGAUUAAACUUGCCUAAUGGAAGCCCAAGAGGUGGUCCAAGGCGUGGUGAUUUUGGUGACUACUUUAUGGGUUCUGGACUUGAAGAGCUUAUUGAACAACUCACCAUGAAUGAUCGGCGUGGUCCUCCCCCAGCUGCACGGUCUUCAAUUGAUGCAAUGCCUACUAUUAGGAUCACACAGGCACAUCUUCGCUCCGAUUCACAUUGUCCAGUUUGUAAAGAAAAAUUUGAACUUGGUUCUGAAGCCAGAGAGAUGCCAUGUGACCAUAUUUACCAUUCCGACUGUAUUGUUCCUUGGUUGGUUGAGCAUAACUCGUGCCCUGUUUGCCGUGUUGAGCUGCCACCACACGGACAAGUUAGUUCUCGUGCAAGUAGUCGAAGCAACAACAGUGGAAAUGGUAGCUCAAGGGGAAGGGAGAGUGACCGUCCAAACAAUGGAAGGAGAAAUCCAUUUUCGUUUCUGUGGCCGUUCCGCUCUUCUAGUUCAAACAAUAAUCAAUAUUCUGAUACUGGAGGAAGCAGCUCUUCAACCAAUGCUGACCAGAAUAACGGAACAAGUUAUCAUGGAUGGCACUACGAUAACUAAAAAAGAUGUAUUUCUUCUGCUGGAUAUCACUGCCUACCUAAUAAUGCUUGUAAUUUGAAAUGAGAAGGUUAAGAGUAUAUUAAUAUUGUAAUAUGAACUUCAUCUCAUGUAAGGGUGAUGGUAGAUAGAAGUAUGUUAAAAAUCUUUGUACAUGUUAUCAUUCGGUAAGUUGAAUCUCUGAAGCUCUUACCGUUUAUUAUAUAA